AUGAAAAAAGGCAUGAAGCAGUCGUCAUGGGGUUGCACGAUCUUUAUCCAAUUAUCUCUCUGUCUCGUCGUCUAUGUGUGUUUGGGUCACCCAUUCUUCUUCUCUAGUAACGACGGUGACGGUGACAAUGCCGGAGCUCUAGAUCUCCACUUCAUCUCUGUCUCCGGAGGUUUCAGGGAUCUUCAUCCUCAAACUCGCCUUCUCCGAUUGAUGGAGAGAGUUGCAGAAACGUACAAUGCGAAAUUUGUGGUGAGCACAAGCGAACAUGGAGAAGAAGACCCACUCCUGCAAAAUGCUACUCGAAUCUCAUCUAAACUGAAACUUCCAUGGUACACUAGGAAGAUAGGCUCUGGAAGUUCGAGAGAGCAGAUCAAAUUUCCUUUUGGUGGAUCCUUGGAUGUUGUUUUCGUAGGCACUGGCUCGUUACAGAAGGAAGUGCUCGGUGGCUCGAUGAUCAGUCAAUUGAAAGGGCUGACAAAGAUUCUAAAAGCAGCAAAUGGAGACUGGCGUAUUGUGGUUGGAUCAGAUCCAUUACUCGUCUAUACACUUACUAAGGAGCCGGAGGAAGCCAAGGGAGUCGCAGGGACAUUUCAUCAAAUCAUGACCAAGUAUGAAGUGAACUUAUAUAUAAGCGAGAAAGGCUGCACCAGCGACAAGAGCUUCUCCUCUUGCAUUACAGUUCCUAAUGUAUCAGAGAACAGAGGUUCAACGAAUGAUAGUAAAAGGGAAAUGGAAGAUGGGUUUCUUCUUCACAGAGUUAGCUUGUCAGAGUUUGUUACUUAUACUAUCAACUUAUCGGGACAAGUGAUCGACACAAGAUUAUUUAAGCAAAAGGGCAAAGAGACCAUCUGAGAUUAUGUUUUGGGUUUUUACUCCAUUGUUGUUGUAAAACUGUUAAAAAAGUUCAAUCAUUUGUUUAUUUCUUCAUUUAAUGACCAAAGUACCAUUUUACCGAUCCGAGUCGUCGGAGGGUGAAACUGGAAAUUGCAAGGUCGAGAAAUAUGGGUAGUAUAAAUUUCCCCAAAAAAAG